AUGAGUCAGUUAAGCGCCACAAACCGUCUGCUCGUUCGCAGUUUUCGUACUAGUACGCGAACGCAGUCGCACAUUGGUCUGGCGCCAAUAGCCUACCCCCCUUCUGUGGCUUUUACCCCAGAGGCUGGAUCCUUAAUAAUUACUAGCCCGAAGGGAGAACAGCGCGUCCCUCUACCGUCUUUCGUCCGCAUUUCAACACGGAACGCCCCUCUGACCGAUUCAUCAAUUCCGUUACCAGCAAAUGAGCUAACAGUGGCGGUCGAGGACCCAUCAAUCAAAGGCCAACGUGCAUCUUGGGGACUGACGCGGGCUUUAAUCGCGAAUGCGGUCACUGGGCUCACAGAUGGCUUCGCAGUCGCCCUGAAACUAGUAGGAGUAGGAUUUCGAGCAGAGAUGGAUAAAGACCCAUUCCCCACUCCGGAGACGACUGGCCAACGACUCAAACUCAAACUUAAUUACGCACAUUUCGUAUAUGUGCCCAUCCCACGUGGAAUUGUCGCAACGGUACCUAAUCCGACACGGAUAGUACUAAGGGGUUCGGAUAAGCAGCAAUUAGGACAAUUUGCGGCGACUGUAAGAUCGUGGCGUAAACCGGAACCAUAUAAGGGCAAGGGUAUCUUUGUUGGGGACGAAACAAUUAGACUCAAAGAUGUCAAGAAGAAGUGA